GGCGUCUGUUGCUUGGAGUGCUACAGCCGUGGUCACGUUAACCAGACAACAGCGUUAUAAGAUGUGUUGGAUUUGCUGCGAGUUGCAACUGUCAAAUUCCUUCUUCCCUUCCCCUCCUCCCCUUGCACCCAGUACAGAGCCAGUUGCCAUGGAGCACUCUUCAGUGGCAUCCGCAUCGUCGGAGACUGGGAGCACACGCUCCCAGGAGAUAGAAGAGCUGGAGCGCUUCAUUGACAGCUAUGUGCUGGAAUACCAGGUGCAGGGGCUCCUGGGAGACAAGGCAGAUUUGGAUUUGGACAAUGUUGGCAACGUGCCCCAGUGGACAGACGACUGCAAUGACAGGAAAGAUGGAAGCUGGACAUCUUCAAGGGGAAGAGGCUCAUCCAAGCCAGACGAGUGGGAAAAUGGCAGCAAUGGCAGUACAGGUUCCGGGCCAAGCUCAGGGUCCAGACCAGGUUCUGACACGCGCUCUGGCAGCGGAGGUCGAAACAACCACUUCACAGGCCAUGCCAAGGUUCAGAACGGGAACCGAGAGGGCUCCUUUGACAUCCUGGGGACUGACAUAUGGGCUGCCAACACAAUGGACUCACGCGGAGGUGUAGGUUGGGAUGUGCAACCAGAUAAGUUGGACUUCAGCCAUUUCCACAGGAAACACUUAAGAGGGACACCAAAGCACCUGCCACACAUUGACAGAGAGGGGGUGAACAAAAACAAGUUUGAAGAAGAUGAUGGUGUAGAUUUGAAUGACAUAGAGAGGUUCCUACCUAAUCUGCGCUCUGUCUUCCCACCCCUUCCUAAUGAGCGCAGGAGGAAUGACAGACGAGUGGUUGAACAGUUCACCCGAGGCCAGUUAACCGUACAUCUGCCUAAUGGCCCUGAGGGAAAGCGGCAAGUCUCAGCCAGGAGACAGCAACGGCCUCAGGGAGGAGGUGGUGCCAGUGGACCAAAGAACCUGGCUCAGCAGAUACUGCAACAGUCACUGCAGAACCAGAGAGAUCAAACCCAACAGCAGUCUCCAAACCAACAGCAGCAGAAUUUAACAGAACUGGGAGAUAACAGAAAUAGCAGUGCUGGCCGGCCACCUAACCAGUACCAAGGAGGACAUGGGCAGCGCCAAGGAGGACCCCCACACCAUGGAUACAGCCAGAACCGGCGUUGGCACCACAAUCAGAAAGUUCAGGGGCACAGACAGACAAACUCUGUAGGUGACAAAGGAGUGUCAGCAAGAACAACCAAAGACAGACAGACUGAGAAUGUAAAACCCGCCGACAAAGAAAUCAGACUGCCUCAAGACUGCAGCAGCGGGACUCCCAAUGAAUCACCCAAAUCUGAGUCAACACCCAAGAUAAAAGCUCUCAUGGAUCUGACAUUUAAUAAGGAAUCUCCCAAAUCACCAGGAAGUGGAAAGGCUAGUGAGAGCCACUCGGAUCAGCCCAAAAUCAGCUUACUGCAGUCGUCGAAGGAAAGGCUGAAGAGGAGACUAAAGGACAAGGAAGAGGCAUGUGUUGAGGCAUCAUCAGGCUCCAGCUCGCAGAGCAUGGAUCGCUUACUGGACCUUCUCAACAGCAUGAGGAGCAACAGCACUGGGGUGGAGCAGCAGCUGGCCUCGUUCCUGGAGGAGACACAGUGCUUGGCGCAAUCUGAGGAAGCCCUGGUUCAGGUGGUCAGCACAGUCUACUCCAAGGCCGUGUCAGACAGGAGCUUCGCUGCCACAGCCGCCAAGCUCUGUGACAAGAUGGCGCUGUUCAUGGUGGAGGGCACCAAGUUCAGGUCACUGCUCCUCAAUAUGCUGCAGAGGGACUUCUCUUGUCGUGAGGAACUCCAGCAGUCAGAUGUGGAGAGGUGGCUGGGUUUCAUCACCUUCCUGUGUGAGGUGUUUGGUACCAUGAGGAGCAGCUCCGGGGAGCCGUUCAGGGUGCUGGUGUGUCCCAUCUACACCUGCCUACAAGAGCUGUUGGAGUCCACAGACGUUAAGGAAGACUCAGUCCUCUGCUGUUCCAUGGAGUUACAGAGCACUGGGCGUCUCCUGGAAGAACAGCUCCCAGAGAUGAUGACAGAGCUCCUAGCAGCCGUCAGGGACAAGAUGCUUUGUCCAGCUGAGUCUCCGCUGACCCGCUCUCUUCUCAUGGAGGUCAUCGAGCUGCAUGCCCACCACUGGAGCCCCCUGGAGGCUCUUACCACCCAGUACUAUGACCGAACCAUCCAAAAGCUCACCACCACUGCCUAAGUGUCAGCCCCCCCAGGAGGAGAGAAGACAUUAGGAAAAAUGUCUUCUAGUGUUACUAUAACACAGGAAUAUAAUAUUGACAUCCCUAUCUUGCCGAAAUAAAUAAAGCUUUAUGUGGUUAUUAAAAUGUUACAAUAUUUCCUCCCAGAUAAGUGACCACUGCCACAAACCAACCACACACUAGCCACCACAGGCAGCCUAUCCAUCCAGACUAGACUCCAUGUGAUUGUACAAACAAUGAAAAGCCUAUUUGACUCAGAUGUGAGAAAACACUAGCGUAUCUGUGGCCACUAGGGGCGAGCUUGGCCACACAGGGUCUGGUCGCUCCCCUGGCUGAGAGAUAAAGAGGGGAACAGACAAGAGAAGGGGGUCACGCAGGGGAGAGGAGGAGAAGGCAGCAGUCUAUGGGGAACAGAGAGAUUCGUACCCAAAGAUGGAUGAAGGGGAGACAGAGGUGGUCAUGGUAAUCUGUGUCAGGCUCCUCAUUGUGCUCGUUUGAUCCACCAUCCUCCCCCUCUCUCUGUCUCAUUCUCCUCUGCCUCUCCGUCAGCCUGUGGGCUCUGUGUGGCUGAUAAAAGAGGAGGAGGCAGAGGGAGUGCUGUCCGUCAUGGCCGUCUGCCCCACCGGGCCGGGGAACCAGGUCAAAGGGCCUCACUGUGGAGCUCCCACAGCUCCUCCCUGCCUUUGUGUCCCCAACUCUCCCCCACCCAUGAUCCAGUAGGAAGGCUUUUUGUGGGGAUGAGACAGAGGGCCUGCUGGGCCAGGCUGGGCUGGGCUGAGGAUAAGGAUCAGGCUAGCUAGAGUGGGGUGGCAGAUGGCUGCUUGAGCCCUUGUGAGACAACACACUCCUAACACAACCCAGAGAGAAGUGUGUCUCUGUGUGUGGGGGUUGGGGGGUGCAUUUAAAAGCAUUAAAAUUGAGACUGCCGUCUGAUAAUUCUUUUGUUUUUGUCCUACAGGGGAAUGUCUCUUCUAUAUUAAGCUGUGCAUGUCCAUGCUGUGUUAACCACAUCAUUGAUGUAUUUUUUUAAGCAUUUAUUGUUUUUCUUAUUGUUGUUUCCUUCUGAAGUCUUGUUUUUAUGUUAAAUUAUAUGUACAACAUAUUAUAAUGGUAGGCCUUAUUGCACAGGUUUGAUUUGUUUUGCACUGUUUGAAGUAAUUUACUUUAAAAAAAAGUUUGACUCAGUGCUUGUGGUAUUAAUAUUAAAACUCUCAGUGGUGAGAGAGAUGGGCUGAGCAUAGUGAAGGAUCUUAGGAUGUUUUAAUGGACUAGUGGCCUUAUCGGUUAUCCAUUUUUAUAGGAGUUCUCUUGUUUCGGGACCUGCAGGGUCAGUGGCAGCACAUAAACAGCUGGACCCAUUCACAGCGUUGUGCUGCUCAAGACAAAAAACAUCUGAAGAGGAGAAAAAAAUGAUGACAUCCAAAAAAAGAAGUAAAAUGCUUCUUUCAAAUUCUCUCCUUCUCAGGCCAUUUUUUGCCGUGGACAUUUUGCAAGUGUUUACUAUCGACUAUUAGAUCCUGCUUUGUUUUUGAGGAGAAUUACUGUUAACUUGUGUAAUUGAAGGUGAUAGUCAUGAAAAGAAGAAAAUCAUUGUAAGACCUCAUUAGCUUCUCAUAUGUGGGCCUUAUUCCAGCAAACCUGUGUUCUAUGAUUUUAACUACCAAGCCAAUCACGCACCAUUUGUAUAUGGGUUCUAUAUGUAAUCUGCAUACAGUAUAUUUACAGAGUAUUAAACACAUUGAAACAAAGGGGGAUAGUGCAACAGGGAUGGUACAAGACUGGCUGUUUGGCUAGAUGUUGACCUUCCAUGUAUUUUCAGUAGGAACUAACAGUCUGUGGGAGUAGUCACACACACACACACACACACACAUAUGCAAAUGCAUAUACAUACUAAGUUUCCAAUUGAAUCUCUGUGGGCAGUUUUUAGUGUUUUUAUAUUGUUUUUUUUUUUUUUUAUUUUAUCUUGCAUCAAGAAUUAAAAGAUCCUGUGUGGUCAAAUCACACCCCAGAAGAUGAGUUAGAUGAGAAUGGUGAUUUAAAGGCACGGCCCUUUGGUUAAGCAUGUGUCAGCUUAGGAAAAUGUUUUUCAUCAUCUUUAUUUUAUUUCUAGGUUUCUAUUUAAAUCAUAUUUAGUUCAUAUACAUAUACAAAAUGUUCCCUUUCUGGUGGGUUUUCAAGACAUCUGAAACUGUUGUGAUUCCCAGUUUGCUGGCAAGAGUGUGAGUGUGGUAUUACUGGUUUAGUUCAUGAAAAUGAGAAAAGAAAAACACUGGUCAGUCUCCAUUAUGCAAAGAACAGCGUACUCUCACAGCAGAUGGGGGCAGGCGGAGAUUGCCCCCUUGUCUGUGGCACUGGAGCCUCCCCACCCCGUGUGCCCUUAGACCCCGCUGCUUGGGUCACAUGACUUGAUGAUUCACUGAGACGCACCUUCAUUUGCAUAUUGUCAUAAAUUUUGAAAAACGAGGGUCCUGCCACUACAGACAAGCUGUAAAAUGGCAUGUGUGGGUUAUCUGUGAGCUCAUUUGUUUUGUUUUUCUAAGCAGCUGAAAAAUAAACUAACAGGAAAACAAGAUGU